AUGACUGGAAAUAACCAGACUAUCAUCUCUGAGUUCUUCCUCCUGGGCCUGCCCAUCCCCCCAGAGCACCAGCACCUCUUCUAUGCACUGUUCCUGACGAUGUACCUCACCACUGUCCUGGGGAACCUCGUCAUCAUCAUUGUCAUUAGACUGGACUCUCAUCUCCACACACCCAUGUACUUUUUUCUCAGCAACUUAUCCUUCUCUGACCUCUGCUUUUCCUCUGUCACAGUGCCCAAAUUGCUGCAGAACAUGAAGAGCCAAGUUUCAUCCAUCCCCUAUGCAGCCUGCCUGGCACAAACGUACUUUUUCCUGUUUUUUGCAGACCUUGAAAGCUUCCUCCUGGUGGCCAUGGCCUAUGAUCGUUAUGUGGCCAUCUGCUUCCCCCUUCAUUACUCCAGCAUCAUGAGCCCCAAGCUCUGUGUGAGUCUGGUGGUGCUGUCCUGGGUGCUGACCAUGUCCCAUGCCAUGUUGCAUACUUUGCUCUUAACUAGGUUGUCUUUCUGUGAAAACAGUGUGAUCCCCCAUUUUUUCUGUGAUCUGUCUGCUCUUCUAAAGCUGGCCUGCUCUGAUAUUCACAUUAAUGAGUUGAUGAUAUUGAUCAUAGGAGGGCUUGUUGUUAUACUUCCAUUUCUACUCAUCAUAGUGUCUUAUACACGCAUCAUUUCCUCCAUUCUUAAGGUCCCUUCAACUCGAGGCAUCCACAAGGUCUUCUCCACCUGCGGCUCCCAUCUGUCUGUGGUGUCACUGUUCUAUGGAACAAUUAUUGGCCUCUACUUAUGUCCAUCUGCUAAUGACUCUACUCUGAAGGACACUGUCAUGUCUAUAAUGUACACAGUGGUGACUCCCAUGCUGAACCCCUUCAUCUACAGCCUAAGAAACAAAGACAUGAAGGGAGCCCUAAAACAGUGCUUCAAAUGA